UGCAAAAACAGUUAUAGUACGGCUGUCGCGAGAAUAACAAGUGGCGCGGAUAAAAGUUUUCGUUAAAUUGUUCAGAACAAAAGGAGUGGAAACUAAACAGAGAAAAAAUCAAAAAAAAAAGAAACAAAAACUAGAAAAUAAAGUUUACCUCCUACGGAGCUCCCAUUUGCAAAGUGAAAAGCUCCAAAUCGCCAUAAAAAUGAUUGUAUCGUGAGAAAUUGGAAAGCAUUUCAACAAAAAGAGCAGCAAAUCAUCAGGAAGACGAAGCAUAUCAACCAAACAUACCACACACCACAUCACCUACGACCACAAUCAACUCAAGCGAAUCAAAACAAGUAACAAAGUUACUGAAACUAAGUUAAGGAUGUGGAACGUCCAAAGGAUCAUAUGUAUAUGGAUAUGUUGUGUGUCCUGUAUGUUUGGUUCAACACAACUAUCGACGCUAGUUGCAGCUGUGCCCUAUGAAUACUUCGAUGAUCAUGACCAAAGUUUCUAUGACUUGGAUACGGAGCAAAUACAGGCAAAAUAUGACACACGUUUGCUAUCGCAGCACAUGCUGAAACCCCCAGAACCUCAGCAUGACGAACAGCAUACGCUUGAGAGCAAAAAGGGUUCUCAACGUGAUGGCACCUUCGUUGAUGGCGGCGGUGUUGGCGAUGGAGGUGUUACGGAUGGGGAGCACAAGGAACGAGUUCAUGGUGCUGCUUCUAUUGUUUUAGAUACAAUCAACAAACGCAACGAGGGCACUGAUGGCAGCACAGACAUUUUAAGUAAAUUGAAAACAAAUGAUGCCAGCACGAACAGCUACACCAACAAAGGCAACAAGGACAACGCAGCCGCUUGGUUAGAUGAAACAACGCCAGCAAUUACGGAAAAGCCAGAAAUCCAUUUGCCACGUGCAGCAUCCUGCUACACAAAUGGCCAAAAAUACACCCACGGCCAAAAGGUUCCACGCCACGACAGCUGUGAGGUUUGCUUGUGCAUGGAUGGCGAAAUAUUUUGUUGGUGGGAAAAAUGCGAUAAAAAACCUGGAAAAGUGCAAACAUCACAGGGCGAGGAUUUCUCAACACCGUUCGGUGAAUCGUCCACUAUGAGAAUUCAAGCAAAUGAGAAGUCAACAUUGGGCACAACAUUGAGGCCAAUGAAAAAACCGAAAAUUAACAAAGACUAUAAAUACGGGCGGCAAGAUGUGCAGAACGGGGAGGGCGAUAUUGAGGAUGCGGAUGCUGAGAUGGCCAAUGAUGAUGACGAUGGUGAUGAUGAUGAUGAUGAUGCAGCAGUAAUAUUGCCAACUGAUGAGGACACUGAAUACGAUGACAUUACGCAAAGACACGGCAAAUGGCCAUACAAGGGCCAUAAUAGCAAACAGCAAAUGGCCAAAAAGAAAAACUAUGAUGAGCCCAAUGAGGCUUUUGGGCUCAAGGAGAAGCAAAUGAAACAAAAAAAGGAAAAACUUAAAAAACAACAACAACAGCAGCAGCAGAAAGCGGCAAAUGAUCAUCAUCAGUAUCAUCAUCCGGACCAUCAUGCAUCGAGUGGCUCCAGUAAAAUCCUUAAUUUCCCUGAAAAUCUGCCCUCCGUCCUCUACUACGAUUACAAAACGGAAGAGCAUCAACACCACCAACAUCAGCAUCGCGAACAGCAUCUGAAGCAUCAGCAUGAGAAGGAGCUCAAACACCGACUUCAUCCGUCCGUUCGCCAUCAUGAAUACGGCAAUGGUCAAGACACGGUUAACACGGACAUGUCGGUGACAGUGACAGCUGUUGCCACUUCACAUUUGGGCAAUGGACAUAGCAUUCAUGACCACGGCGGCAGUGUCGGUGGUAAUGAUGCUCCUCUACAGCGUCGGCAAAAGCAACCGCCAUCAGUGGCAAAGUAUUUGGAAAACGGAAAUGACAACAUUUACAAGGUGGAUUUACAAACGGAUAGCGACAUUUUGCCUGAGCCACCCACCAAAAAGCCCAUAUUAUCGUCAAUGGCCACAGGGACAGGAACCGAAGCAGACACAAUGACAUCGGCCUCAGCUGCAGGAGCACCAACAACAACAACUCUGCCAUAUCGUUUGUCCACAUUGUCGAGCACAUUGGCAGCAGCCACAUCAAAUAUUACCACAAGACCAUUAAAGAAUCAACAACAGAAACAAAUGUUUUCACCUUGGGAUUAUGACAAACCCAAUAGGGACAAAAUUAACAAAAGAAUUCUGCAGAGGCAACGCCAGCAACAACAGCUAACGAGCAAUGAAAAUAUUGCCACUGUUGCUGUCACUACCAAAGCAGCCAAAGAUGGCGACCAAGAUGAUGCCUUUCAUCGCUGGUUGACCUCCACCGAGAAAAAUAACAAAAAUUAUGACCCACUGGCAGGUGAUGCUUCUUUCGAAGCGGAUGAUAGAAACUAUGAAAACCUCGAUAUCGACUUAGAUGCACUGUCACUGCAAGCAACCGCAAAAACAGCAUCCCCAGCCACACAACAAAUUGGGGCAGCAGCAGCAGCAGCAUCUGCCGCUGUGGGUGAGGAAUCACAACAGCUGGAUAAAAGUGGGAAUUUGAAGUAUGAAAUAAAUUUCAGUGACAAUACCGAAAGUGGAUACUCUGCCAUGGAUGGCAACGCCAACAGCUAUGAUAACAUAUCUCCAUUCAGCAAUCCCUAUCAGAAUUCAAGGAGCAGCAAUAGACCCACUCAAACCACUGGCAAUGGCAUUAAAAGUCAACUCGACAAGGGUGGCAAAAGCCACAGCGGCACUCUAAGCACCAGCUCUGGUGGGUCCAACGAGGACCUCGGUGUUGGCAGUGUUGUAAAUAUUGAUAUUAUGUUAACGGCAUCUGCUGACUUAGGACAACAGCCACAACAACAACAACAACAGACGGACACAACAAAGCACCAGCAGACACCAGGCAACGACAAUGGCUCUGAGUCCAAACAAAACCAAACGAAUGCAAAACAACAGUCACUUUUAAUUUCUAAUUCAAAUGGCAAAGAUAACGACCCAUUGUCCCCAGCCUCCCUUUCACCCCGGGGGCCCCCGAUAACGCCAACAAAUGCAAACACAAGUCCUGACAGCGCAAAGCCACAACAAACUUUGGGCGGCAACUUGUUUAGUUCAAACUUUAGCAGCAGCAUCAGCAGCGUCAGCGACAACAGUCAAAGCCAUAGUUUUAGCGAUAGUUUUAGGUUAAGCCAGCCAUCGGAGUCAAAACCAAAUGCGACAAGUUUUGUGACCAGUGCAUCAUCGGCACAAAUAACGCCUCCAACAAGUACCACACUAAGUCCAGAGAGGCAGUGCAAUGUUAUGGGUACUCUUUACAAAAUAGGCGAUGUGUUGCCCCAGGACACCGGUAAUUGUUUGCAAUGCAUUUGCAUCGAUGGCUCGACCAUAGAUGAUACACCCCGCGUUACAUGCAGUCCCCAUAAUUGUCCGCCUUUGGUAUUGCCGGACCUAUUCGAUGCAACGGGUUAUUAAAGUGCAGAGUGCAAAAGCGUACAUGUCAUAGCCAGAAAUGAAACAACGCCAUCACCCCCCAAUCAUCAUACGCAAAGCCAUCAUCCUCUCCAGCAUCAUCAACAUAAAGCACAAAAUGAUUGUACAGCAAAAGUCGCCAAAAACUGUUAACCAUCGUCCAUGCCUCUCAGCCGAGUGUCUUUCUUUCCCAAUCCCAAUGAAUACAGGAAUGCCAAUAGGACAAAGAGUACUGCCCCGAUCCACCCCACCACAAACCAAAAUGCAUGAGAAAUGAAGUUUUAGCCAAACGAAAAAAAAGCAUUCAACAAUUGAUGUAUCUACGGAUUUAAAUAUUAAAUGAUUUUAAAUGUCGUAAUUUGAAAUUGAGUGUUUCACAAUAAUUCAAUUUAUUGUCUUUUGUUUUAAAAUAACGAUAUCAACAAUAUCCGGAAGAUAAACUACAACAACUACAAUAAUCGUAUGCGAAAUAUAACGGUUUUUUUACCCGGAAAUAUGACAUGGUCCAGCUUUUAAUGCGAUUGGACAACCUUUUUCGCUUAGGUUGUUUUUUAUUUAAUCGAAUCUCUUUGCCGUAACUGUAACAACAUGCUGAAAUUUUACGAGUUAUAUGUGUGUACGAAAAAAAGCCAACAUGGAUUAUAAACGGCUAAAUGAUUUUCAGGAUUUUGUUUUUAUGCUACAGCAAUUCGUUGUAAGGCUUUUAGUCUGUUAACCAAUUU